UAAUUUAGCGGUUAGAGAAAUAGCAAGUAUCUAAACACAAACUGCUCACAAGAAAACAUAUAUUUUGUCAUGCUGUAUAGAGAAAGUGCGAGUAUGAACAAAAUCAAAGGAAUCAAAGAUUUGGAAGGCUAGCAUCAGAGGUUCUCACAGACGAAGAAGAAGAUUGAUUGAUUUGUUUCCAUGCCAGAAAUGACUGGAUAAUACAAAAGUCACUAUUGUGCAAAGAUCGCAUUCGGUUUUGGAAAACGGGGUAAGAAUCUCUUGGUAGGAGGGCUAACUGAAGUUGAUCAAUACGGGGACUUGAUUGACAAUGGGUGAACGCAAAACCAUAGAAUUAGAGGAGGGAUGGCAAUUUAUGCACAAUGGCAUUACAAAGUUAAAGAAAAUAUUAGAGGGAAAACCUGAGGAGCCUAUCGAUGCAGAUCGUUAUGCACACCUAUACACAACUAUCUACAACAUGUGCACGCAGAAGCAUCCACAUGACUACUCCCAACAACUGUAUGACAGAUAUAGCGAGUCCUUUGAAGACUAUAUUAAUUCAAUGGUGUUACCUGCGUUAAGGGAAAAACAUGAUGAGUUUAUGUUGAGAGAGCUUGUGAGACGAUGGGAUAACCACAAAUUAAUGGUCCGAUGGUUAUCUCGGUUCUUUACCUAUCUGGAUCGUUAUUUCAUUCCAAGGCGUUCCCUUCCAACUCUUAAUGAAGUUGGCCUUAUAUGUUUUCGUGAACUGGUUUAUGAGGAAAUAAAGAUUAAUGUAAGAGAUGCACUCAUUACAUUGAUUGAUCGAGAACGUGAAGGAGAACAAAUAGACCGUUCUUUGCUGAAAAAUAUUUUGGGUAUUUUUGUGGAGAUUGGGAUGGGGAAUAUGGAUUACUAUGAGACCGACUUUGAAGUAACCAUGUUGGAAGACAGUGCUGCAUAUUAUUCUCGAAAGUCUGCUUCAUGGAUUCUGGAAGAUUCAUGUCCAGAUUAUAUGCUAAAGGCAGAAGAAUGUUUGAAACGAGAGAAAGAAAGAGUUGAUCAUUAUUUGCAUGCAGAGAGUGAGCAAAAGUUAUUGGAGAAAGUACAACAUGAAUUGCUUUCCCAGUAUGAAAGUCAACUUCUGGAAAAGGAACAUUCAGGGUGUCAUUCCUUGCUUAGAGAUGAUAAGGUAGAAGACCUUUCAAGAAUGUAUAGGUUGUUUCAUAAGAUACCGAAAGGUUUGGAGCCAGUAGCACAAAUAUUUAAACAGCAUGUUACUGAUGAGGGAACAAUGCUUGUCAAACAAGCAGAAGAUGCAGCCAGCAAUAAAAAGGUUGAGAAAAAAGACACAGUUGGGGCACAGGAGCAGGCAUUUGUGUGGGAGGUUAUUGAAUUACAUGACAAGUACAUGCAGUAUGUCAGUAUGUGCUUUGUUAACCAUUCCCUUUUUCAUAAGGCGCUAAAAGAAGCAUUCGAGGUGUUUUGCAAUAAAGGAGUUGCAGGGAGCACAAGUGCAGAAUUACUGGCCACAUUUUGUGACAACAUAUUGAAAAAAGGUGGCAGUGAAAAACUAAGCGAUGAUGCCAUUGAAGACACUCUUGAGAAGGUGGUAAAGCUUCUUGCAUACAUUAGUGAUAAAGAUCUCUUUGCAGAAUUUUAUAGGAAAAAACUAGCCCGCAGGCUUUUAUUUGAUAAAAGUGCAAAUGAUGAUCAUGAACGGAGUAUCUUAACAAAACUUAAGCAGCAAUGUGGAGGUCAAUUUACUUCAAAGAUGGAAGGAAUGGUAACUGAUUUGAUGCUUGCAAAGGAGAACCAAUCCAAGUUUGAAGAGUAUCUUAGGGAUCCUGACAAUGAACAUAUACAUCCUGGAAUAGACUUGGCUGUAACGGUCUUGACUACUGGAUUCUGGCCCAGCUACAAGUCAUCUGAUCUCAAUUUGCCUGUUGAGAUGGUGAAGUGCGUUGAGGUAUUCAGAGAUUUCUACCAGAUAAAAACUAAGCAUAGAAAGCUUACAUGGAUAUACUCUCUAGGGCAAUGCAUUCUUUCUGGAAAGUUCAAUACCAAGACGAUGGACCUUACUUUGACAACAUACCAGGCGGCUGCAUUGCUUUUAUUCAAUUCUUCAGAUAAUCUGAGCCAUGCAGAAAUCAAAUCACAGUUGAAUUUGACAGAUGAAGAUAUUGUGAGGUUGCUGCAUUCACUUGCCUGUGCAAAAUAUAAAAUCCUUAUCAAGGAGCCAAAUACAAAAAAUGUCACACAAACUGAUAAUUUCGAAUUCAAUGCAAAUUUUACGGACAAAAUGAAGAGGAUUAAGAUUCCACUUCCUCCCAUGGAUGAGAAAAAGAAAGUAAUUGAGGAUGUGGAUAAAGAUAGGCGUUAUGCAAUUGAUGCUUCUAUUGUUCGGAUUAUGAAGAGUAGGAAGAUGUUACCUUAUACACAACUAGUAACAGAGUGUGUAGAGCAACUUGGACGAAUGUUCAAGCCGGAUUUCAAGGCAAUUAAAAAGCGGAUUGAAGAUUUGAUCACACGGGAAUAUUUGGAGCGUGAUAAAGACAAUGCUAACAUAUUCAGAUAUCUUGCUUGAAACUGCUCAAGUAAAAUGACCUUGCUUUCCCAAAUAUCUGAGGCUGUACACAUUCAUGCAUAUUUUCAUUGUGCGGGUACCAGUUGAGGCUGUUGUGUGGGAAGCUUUUUUCUUUUCUUUUUUGUUAACACCUUUUAUACAUUGAAGCACCAGGUGACAAUUGGGCUAACUUGUGCUUCCAAUUAUUCUCAGCCAAAAUAAUGGCCCUAGUGGAACACUGGGGUGGAAGCUCUGCUAUAAAGGUUCAAAGAGCAUAUAUGCGUCCGAUGUUUAUUUGGCUAUUCUGUAGAAUGGAAAAAGGUUCUCUCUGAUAAGUCAUUGUUGACUUGUAUGUAGAUGGUAUCUGAUUUUCCUUUGGUCAUUUUAUGGCGAAUUCAACGAAUGCAAUACCAACAGUGGUGUUCUAACCAAGCAAGAUAGUUAGUGCUACUAUUAGAAAUAGCAGCUCGCAACAGCUUCGAUUGCAAUGCUGUUUUCUGUCGCUCUUGUCAAUGGAUUAGUAGUUCUUCAAAACCGAUAGUCUUUGAGAAACUGUUCUUUCCAGUUUCAAACCUGACUUUUGAUAUAAAUUUUGGGAACAACUUGAUCUCAUGAAAGAAAUUUGUGCAGAUUCUGUAUGCAAUUGCAUUAUGAGGCUAUAUUUUCUGCCAUGUUCAUUGCAAGUGCAAUUCUUAUUUUUUCAUUUCAGAGCUA